AGUGAGUGAGUGAGCCCUCGGCAUCUGCUCUUCCUCUCCCGGAAACUAGGCAAGUGGGGUUUAUAUAUCUGUGGGAGGUCCAGGGUGGGAGAAAGAACUCUUGUCUGCUUGAGGCAGGUGUGAAUAUUGCAAUUGGCCACCUUGAUUAGCAUUGAAUAGCCUUACAGCUUCGAAGUCUGGCUGCUUCCUGCCUGGGGGAAUCCUUUGUUGGGAAGUGUUAGCUGGCCCUGUCUGGAAUUUCCUUGAUUUCUGAAUGUUCUUUAUUUAAUGUCCUGAUUUUAGAGUUUUUAAAAAUACUAGCUGCCAGAUUUUGUUCAUUUUCAUGGUUUCCUCCAUUCUGCUCAAACUGUCCAGUCACCUUGAGUUCUAAGUGUUUCCCUUCCUUUUCCCCAAGCAUCUCUCUCUAUGUGUAAAUAUUACCAGGAACUUCCUGAUUGCUGUUCAACAUGAUGCUGCCAGAGAGUGCUGCUGCAGAGUCUCCUUCUCUAGAGGUACUGAAGCAGAGGCUGGAUGGCCAUCUGCAGGGAGUGCUUUGAUUGGAUGAAAUGGGGUCGGACUGGAUGGCCCUGGGAGGGGGCCACUUCCAACAAGGGAUUCUAUGAUUCUACAGGAUGCCCCAAAAGGCGCACUAUAUUGGGGGGAAAUGGGACAUUGCUGCUAAAUGUACCUGUAUUUGAACACGUCGGCUUGUAUAGAAGGAGCCUGGUGGUGCAAUGAGUUAAACCCUUGUGCCGGCAGGACUGCUGACUUAAAGAUUGGAUGCUGACCUGAAGGAUGCUGGUUUGAAUCCAACCCUUGAAGAGCACAGAUGAGUUCCCUCUAUUAGCUCCAGCUCUCUAUGCGGGGACAUGAGAGAAGCCUCCCACAAGGAUGGCAAAAACAUCAAAAACAUCCGGGCGUCCUCUGGGUAAUGUCCUUGCAGACAGCCAAUUAUCUCACACCAGAAGUGACUUGCAAUUUCUCAAGUUGCGCUGACAUGAAAAAAAAAAUCAUGUAUAGAGUGGGGACACCCUCUGUUUGUAUGGGAUGGCGCAGAGGGUUAAACCGCUGAGCUGCUGAACUUGCUGAUCAAAGGUCAGCUGUUUGAAUCCGGGGAGCAGGAUGAGCUCCUGCUGUUAGCCCCAGCUUCUGCCUAACUAGCUGUCCAAAAACAUGCAAAUGUGAGUAGAUCAAUAGGUACCGCUUCGGCGGGAAGUUAACGGCACUCCAUGCAGUCAUGCCAGCCACAUGACCUUGAAGACGUGUACGGACAAUGCUGGCUCUUCAGCUUAGAAAUGGAGAUGAGCACCAACCCCCAGAGUUGGACACGACUGGACUUAAUGUUAGGGGAAAACCUUUAUCUUUACUAUACACACCUCAGUUGUGUACUUUCUCUUUUUCUCUCUCCACUCCUCCUAUUCAGCUCUUUUCUUGCCUCUCGGAUUUGUGGGCUUUACACAAAGUCUCCCAAGUUUCAGUGGGCCCCUCUCUUUCUCUCCCAUCUCUUCUUCUCCCUCUUUCUCCUCUCCCUCCCUCUUUCCCUCUCUCCUUCCCUCUCUUCCACUCUUGCCUCCAACCUUUCUCCAUCGUGCCCCCCUUUUUCGCCUUGGCGCUGGCUCUACAAACCCAACUUUGCGCUACUCUUGCCCUUGGCUUCCUUCUUUCCUGGCAAAUAGGUUUGCGCAACCCCUGGUUGUGCAGGCUGUAAUAUAGAGGAGAGAAUUGACCACACCACCUCUGAGUGUCCCUUGCCUGAGAAAAACCCUGUGGAAGUCCUGGAGGAGCCCUCAAUGGACAGGGGACUUGAAGGCAGGCAGGAAAGGAAAGCUGCCCCCAUGGACACAAUGGAAGUGGCAGGAAAGAAAGGAAGGCCUACUGAGAAACCCUUUCCUUAAAUAACCCCAUCUACACUGCCAUAUACAUUCCAGAUUAUCUGCUUUGAACUGGAUUAUAUGGCAAUGUAGUCUGAUGUGGAUUAUCUGCUUUGAUAAUCUGGAUUAUAUGGCAGUGUACAUUCAGCCAAUGACGGGAGGUUCCCAGGAAACUCAGGAUUAAUCUGUGAACUCAGGUUUUUCCAAUGGACUGGAUUGUGUGGCUCUGGAGAGCGGGGAAGAUGCACUGCACAUGCUCAGAGGCAAUGCCCUUUUCCUCCCCUAGGGGACAGGCCUCAGGAAGUACUAGCUAAGGCAGCAUUUCUCAACCUGGGGUCGGGACCCCUAAGGGGGUCACAAGGGGGGUGUCACAGGGGUCGCCAAAGGCCAUCUGAAAACACAUAUUGCUCUUUGAUUGUAGGUUAACUAUAAAUCUCAAAUAACAAAACCAAUCCCCCCAACCCCAUCAGUAUUCAAAUUUAGGCGUAUCAGGUAUUUGUGCCAAAUUUCAUCCAGAUCCAUCGUUUGGGUUCACAGUGCUCUCCUGAUGUAAGUGAACUACAUCUCCCCUGUAUCACUGUCAAUCCCUCCCAAAUCCCUCCAGUAUUUUCUGCUGGCUCUGCGGGUUCUGUGUGGGAAGUUUGGCCCAAUUCUAUCAUUGGUGGGGUUCAAGGGGCUCUUUGAUUAUAGGUGAACUAUAAAUCCCAGCAACUACAACUCCCAAAUGUCAAGGUCUAUUUUUCCCCAAACUCCACCAGUGUUCACAUUUGAACAUAUUGAGUAUUUGUGCCAAGUUUGGUUCAGAUCCAUCAUUGUUUGAGUCCACAGUGCUCUCUGGAUGUAGGUGAACUACAACUCCAGAACUCAAGGUCAAUGCCCACCAAACUCUUCUAGUAUUUUCUAUUGGUCAUGGAAAUUCUGUGUGUCAAGUUUGGUUCAAUUCCAUUGUUGGUGGAGUUAGGAAUGCUCCUUGAUUGUAGGUGAACUAUAAAUUCCAGCAACUACAACUCCCAAAUGACAAAGUCCCCCCCCCAACCCCACCAGUAUUCAAAUUUGGGCGUAUCGGGUAUUUGUGCCACAUUUGGUCCAGUGAAUGAAAAUAUCUCUUGCAUAUCAGAUAUUUACAUUACGAUUCAUAACAGUAGAAAAAUGACAACGAAAAUAAUUCUAUGGUUGGAGGUCACCACAACACGAGGAACUAUAUUAAGGGGUUGCAGCAUUAGGAAGGUUGAGAACCACAGAGCUAAGACAGCUGUAAGGUACCAAUCAUGCCAUGUCACUGCUUCCCAGAUGUGCCAUUAUCUCAGAGGACUGGAGAAGAGGCAAGCCUUUUAAUACCAAAGUUGGAACAAGUAAGGGGGAGAGAAGGCUGCCAAAAUAUCUGUGCGGUAGAAUAACUGAUGGAGGAAAGAGAGGGAUUUCUUAGAACAAAGUAUUUUGGGUUGCUGUGAGUUUUCCGGGCUGUGUGGCCAUGUUCCAGAAGCGCUCCCUCCUGACAUUUCACCCAUAUCUAUGGCAGGCAUUCUCAAAGGUUGUGAGGUCUGUUAAAAACUGGACAAGUGGGGUUUAUAUAUCUGUGGAAUGUCUACCAGUAUUAAAAAGUGCAAAAAUCAGGACAGUAAAUAAAGAACAACACUCAGAAAACCGAGGAAUUCCAGACAUGAAACAAUCAGGGCCAGCUAACACCUCCCAACAAAGGAUUCCCAAAGGCAGAAUGCAGUCACGCUUUGAUGCAGGCACUGCCAUAGAUGUGGAUGAAACCUCAGGAGAUAAUGCUUCUGGAACAUGGCCAUACACCCUGGAAAACUCACAGCAACCCAGUGAUUCUGGCCAUAAAAGCCUGCCAGACUAUUAAGUGAUAAUCAAGCUAGCCAACUGCAACAUUCACACUUGCCUCAAACAGAAGGGUUCUUUCUCCCACCCUGGACUUUCCACAGAUAUGUAAAGCCCACUUGCCUAGUUACCAACAGACCUCACAACCCCUAAGGAUGCCUGCCAUAGAUGUGGGUGAAACGUCAGGAGACAAUGCUUCUGGAACAUGGCUAUACAGCCUGGAAAACUCACAGCAACCCAGUGGCCAUGAAAGCCUUCAACAACACAGUAAAAAUUCUGGUCACUAUCUUCUCAGGUGCAUCUACAUUGUAGAAUGAGUGCAGUUUGGCACCACUUAUUUUCAGGGCGCAAUGUUAUGGGAUCCUGAGAGUUGUAGCUUUACAAGAUCUUUUACCUUCUCUGAUAAAGAGCGCUGGUGCCUUGCUACACUAUAAUCUCAGGAUCCCACAGCAUUAAGACAUGACAGUUAGUGGUGUCAAACAUCUUUUAUUCUACAGCAUCAAUGUACCUUCUCCUCUGUUUCAUUCUUUCUUUUUAUUUGUGUGUCUUCUGCCACAAAAUCACCUGGGAUUGGAUGCUCUCUGCAACUUUGGGCUUUGCGGCUGUUUUGCUGUGUUUUGCUUUUGUGGGAGGGAUGGAAAACUCUUUACACUUGACCUAAGCAGUUUCCAAUGCUGCUGCUGGUUUCUAUUGCUCUUAUAAGACAAUGGUUUGUGAUCUGAGAGGGGAGAAAAUCAAUAAAAACUUCUUUAGGUCUCUUUCAUACUGCAAAGCCCCAUCUUGUCUUCCCAAAAUAUAUUUUUAAUAAGAAGUCUAGGUCAAUUUUCUUUCAAGCAUGAGUAGUAUACUAUGGCAUGUGCACUGCUCUAUAAUGCUAUACUGGAUGUUUAUUGAUUCCUUCCAAACUGUUAUUUGCAGUAAGAGUUGGCUAUGGAAAGCAAUGACUGAGAGACAAGCUGAAGCUAGUGCUUGUGGUGAUUCUGCUUGGUUGUAAUUGUUUAGGUAAAGGUAAAUGUUUUCCCCUGACAUUAAGUCUAGUUGUGUCCGACUCUGGGGAUUGGUGCUCAUCUCCAUUCUAAGCCAAAGAGCCGGUGUUGUCUGUAGACACCCCCAAGGCUAUGUGGCCAGCAUGACUGACUGCAUGGACCGCUGUUCCCGCUGGAGCAGUACCUAUCGAUCUACUCACAUUUGCAUGUCUUUGAACUGCUAGGUUGGCAGAAGCUGGGGCUAACAGUGCAAGCUCACCCUGCUGCCCAAUUCAGUCAGCAAGUUCAGCAGUUCAGCGGUUUAACCUGCUGCACCACCUAAAUCUAGUGGUUUGCCUCAACUAAAAUAAAUCCAUGAAUCAAAGGAAACUUCUUAUGACAGUACUUGGGUAAGUUCUGUUGAUUUUAGUUGGGAGAAACAAUUGCAUUUAAGGCAUCUGGCUUUAUAGUUAUUCUUACCAUUCUAUUAUGUUUUGUGAUUUCCCAAGGGUGCAUCUACACUGUAGAAUCAAUACAGUUCGACUUCACUUUAACUUUCAAGGCUCAAUGUUAUGGAAUCAUGGAAGUCAUAGUUUUACAUGGUCUUUAGCCUUAGUGAUGGUGAAUCACCAAACUAUAAAAAUCCCAGGAAUCCAUAACAUGCCAAUUAAAAAGGUGUCAGACUGCAUGAAUUCUACAGUGCAGAUACACUUCAAGUUUUGUUGCAGAGGGAAGGGAGGGUUAAUCUAAAAGCAUCUAUCUAUCUAUUUAUCUAAAUAUAUCUUGUUGCAAAGAACAACAAUACAAAUCCCCCUUCUUGCAGCAACUAAUCCAGAAAUUCACUACGGUGCAUUUUUUUUGGUCUUUGUAAAUUUUCCUAGCCUUAGAGGAGUUGCUGUGUGUGUUAGAGGCUUUGCUGUAACCCAUUAGUAUGAAAUCCUCUGUUUCUUCAGCCUUUGGCCCUGAUUCCUGCAACAGGAUUGGCAAGAAGUCAUAUUGGCCGCUUUGCUUUGCUGAGUAUGUGGUCCAUGCUGUCAGCAAAAGUGUCGGGAAGUAAUUAAUUACAAGAAGAGGCUCUAUCGAAAAGAACAAAACAAACAAUACAUUCUCUUUAUUCCCUGGGCUGGGAGGAAAUAUUGUGUAUACUCCUGUAUAAAUUGCCAUGUAUACGUUGAGUGCAGGUUUGGGGGCCAAAAUUAUGGAUUGAGGAUCUGCAGAGAGAGAGAAAGCACCAGCACUGCCUCAGAGGGCCACCCGCCUUCCUCCCAUUUUCCUGCUUAGGCCUUCAAAAAGGAUGUGGUAGAGGGAAUAUAGUGCUCUGUCCUCCUAUUAGAUUUUCCCAGGAUGGACUAAGCCCCCUUCUACACUGUCCUACACUGUCUACAAUAUCCCAAGAUCUGAUCCCAGAUUAUCUGUUUAUCCCAGAUUAUCUGGCAGUGGAGACUCAUAUAAUCCAGUUCAAAGCGGAUAACAUGGGAUCAGAUCUUAGAAUACAAGGACAGUGUAGAAGGGGCCUAAGCUAUCCACUUUCACCACUCUAUUCAGAAAUGGUUCCUUUAAAAAAAAAUAAAAGUCAAGGUACAGUACUUACAUUGACCUGAAGAUAAUUCAACCCAGUGGAUCAGCUAUCCUGGUUUUGGGAGGUUGAUAUUUUACUAAAAGUUUUACUAAAAUUUUACAUUGAUAUAUAGUGGGUCGUAGGAAACGACUGCAGACAUAUUUUGUGUUUAUGCCACAGAAGGAAGACAGUUUCAGUUUUCCAUGUUCCUGUUAAAGGUACUGUGUGUAUUUCUUUCUAAAGCAAUUUCUAUUGCAUCUGUAGGCGAAGCUUAAAGCCAGCUCUUAGAGCCAAGUAGAAUAGAUCUACUGAACUAACACUUAAAGCCACAAACGGGACAUCUGUACUUAGAACAUUUGGCCAGUGCAGAUGGUAAAAAAAUAUGCUUCUUACCAUACUAUUCAAUUUAUUCAAUCAUCUGAUGGAAAAAAAACCUCUAGAUUAUUAUAAAUUCAAUGUGGGAGAAUGUAAACAUUACAGAUUCUGUCUUCUCUAGGAAAUUUGAGUGCAGUACACCCAAAUAUGCACCUUUUCCUUUUAUUUUAAACUGGACUGUUUUGUUAUGCACAUUUAUUUAUUUAUUUAUUUAUUUAUUUACUACAUUUAUAUACACUGCUUUUCUCCCCCUAAGGGAACUCAAAGCAGUUUCCAACAUUAUAAAGGCAAAAACAAAUGCCGUACAUACAUGUGAAAACCAAAAGAUAAUGUCAAGACAAUAAUAUAUAACUAUAAAUUAAACUAACCAAAUUGAAACAUAAACAUAAAAUAACAUUUAGACAUAAAGCAUAAAAUUAAACAUUGAUAAUACAGUAACAUUUAUAUUAAAACCCACUGAUAAACAACAUGAUUUAAAAACAGUUAUUAAAAUAGCACCAUCCAAAUCAAAGUCCGCAGUCCUUGCAUUAGUCCGUUCACUAUUCCUUAUUAUCUUAUUGCACUAUGAGCUUUGCUGUCCAAAGACAUGGUCACAUAGCCACAUUUUUACUUUCUUCCUGAAUGUCAGGAAGGAGGGAGCUGCUCUAAUUUCACCGGGAAGGAGUUUCAUGGUCAAAGGGCCACCACUGAGAAAGCUCUGUCUCUCGUCCCCACCAGUUGUGCUUGCGAGGAAGGUGGGAUCGAGAGCAGGGCCACCGCAGAAGAUCUUAAUCUCCGAGGUGGAUCAUAGAAGGAGAUACGUUCUGACAGGUGCCCCAUCAUUUUUUGAACUUGCGGGUGGCUGUCCUUAUCUAGAAAAAUAAUUUCAACCCUAUUUUCUAUGCCAUACCAAUAUGCUUGUAGAUAGACUCUUCUACAACAAGAAAUGCUUCUGGAACUGGCACAUGCUUUAAGAAGAGACUUUGUAUCAGUUUUGGCGCAGUGGAAUAUUAUGUGCCUUGCAAGCAGGCCACAGACCUUGCAGUGUUCAAAAUGGUGUAUGGUGAAUUUUUCCACAGACUGGGACAAGAUGAAGAGCUUGUCAACUUGAAUGUAGGUGGCUUCAAGCAGUCCAUUGGCCAAAGUACCUUACUCAGAUUUCCCCAUACAAGACUUGGGAAGUUGCUCAAAUGCCAUUCGGAAGAAGCUAUUCUGGAACUUUGUGAUGAUUACAGCGUUGCAGACAAAGAAUAUUAUUUUGACCGAAAUCCUUCUUUGUUCCGAUAUGUGCUGAAUUUCUAUUACACGGGUAAGCUCCACGUUAUGGAAGAGCUUUGUGUGUUCUCCUUUUGUCAGGAAAUUGAGUACUGGGGGAUCAAUGAACUCUUCAUUGAUUCCUGCUGCAGCAACAGGUACCAAGAAAAGAAGGAAGAGAGCCCAGAUAAAGACUGGGAGAAUAAAAGCAAUGCAGGAAGCCUGGACUCUUCUGAAGAAGAGUCAUCCAUAUUUGAGAAGGAGCUUGAGAAGUUUGAUAAACAGUGUUUUGGGGACUUGCGCAAGAAAAUAUGGGUUACCAUGGAGAAUCCUGCAUCUUGUUUGUCAGCCAAACUGAUUGCUGUUUCUUCUUUGAGCGUGGUCCUUGCAUCUAUUGUGACCAUGUGUAUCCACAGUAUGCCGGAAUUCCAAAAACUGGAUGCCAAAGAAAGAGAGAUUGAAAAUCCUAUUCUGGAAGUUGUGGAGAUCAUAUGCAUCGUCUGGUUCACCUCAGAGCUGAUGAUCAGGUCGGCUGCUGCACCAAGUCAAAAAAAGUUCUGGAAGAACCCUCUAAACAUUAUCGACUUUGUCUCCAUCAUUCCUUUCUAUGCCACUUUGGCUGUGCACACAAAGGAGGAAGAGAGUGAAGACAUCGAAAACAUGGGGAAGGUGGUUCAGAUCCUACGGUUAAUGAGGAUAUUUCGUAUAUUGAAGCUCGCAAGGCACUCAGUUGGACUUCGCUCUUUGGGUGCAACGUUAAGGCACAGCUACCAUGAGGUUGGACUUCUGCUUUUGUUCCUGGCUGUCGGGAUUUCUAUUUUUUCUGUUUUGGUCUACUCGGUGGAAAAAGAUGAUGACACAUCGGAGUUGCAGAGCAUCCCAAUCUGCUGGUGGUGGGCCACAAUCAGCAUGACUACUGUUGGCUAUGGGGACACCUUCCCUGUCACUUUUAUGGGAAAGAUUAUUGGCACAACCUGCAUUAUCUGUGGAAUCCUGGUGGUAUCACUUCCCAUCACCAUCAUUUUCAACAAAUUUUCAAAAUACUACCAGAAGCAGAAGGAUAUGGACGUGGACCCUUGCAAUGAUGACCCCAAGGAGAAGACCAAUGAGCUCCCUUAUUUUAACAUUAGGGAUAUUUAUGCAAAAAAGAUGCACUCCUUUAUUUCUAGCCUUUCUUCUGUAGGAAUUGUAGCCAACGAUCAAGAUUCAACAGAUGCCUCCAGUAUCCAAGAUCUUGAUGAUGUUUAUAACGCAACAUCUUUCCAGAAUGAACGUGCAUCUUUAGUCUCUUCGAAGACCCACCUGUGACUGGACCGGUAGUCUUCUGGUUUCCUCUGGCACUAAGCACAGCCAAAUGAAUCCACACAUAUUGAAGAGAUGCUUCAGCAACCCAACUAAAUGAGACAUGGUUAAAGGAGCUCUCUCUCACACAGCACUAGGGGAGAUAAUCAAAAAGCAGUAAGUGGCAAAACCAUCAGGCAGUACUGACAGAUUUUGCUAUGGCUUAUUGUGCAUUUGCUGCUACAGCUUCACACCAAUCCCCCAUUCCACCCAAAAGAAGCCAUACAUGCCAUUGAUAGCCUCAUUUUAUACUUUUUUGGCUAGAAAGAGAGUUUAUAUAAAAUAAAUGCCUAUCCAUAUGACCUGUUUUCCCUCUAUUUCCCCCUCCUCCAUUAAUUAAUACCCAUGGGUGCUGCCUAACUCUGCCAAAUGCUUCCUGUCACAGUUGCCAUCAUUUACCUCCGCUGCUGAAUGAUGAUGAUGAUAACAAUGUAUUGUGACCUAAAGUUAAUGUCGCUUGCUGCUCCUUUGCUUGUUACUGUUGAAGAACUUUAUUUUAAAAAAAGGAAACUUCAGUAGGCCAAAUGUGCAACUAAUCUCGGCUGAUGACUUCACAAUAAGGCAGGCUACCUCAACACCAAUAAAAUUUUGACAUUACCCAUG